AUGCAGACGCCGCGAGCCGGAGUCUCGCCGGAAACCUUUGCGCGCACUAUGCUGUCCUCAGCUCUUUCGCCCAGCGUCGGCACCACUGCAUUUCCUCCCAUCUAUGAUCCCUACAGCAACCCUAGUCGGUGGAAUCCAUCCCAGCGGGCCAAUACUAACAAUAACAAUAAUAAGAGGAGUGCUCUGCAAAUGUGGAGCAUUGCUUUGAUUGCAGCCGCAGUUGCCUUGCUUCCGCUUUUCUUGCUCGCCGUGCUUCUUUUCUUUCGGUAUUCCAGGAGGCAGCGCCGCGCACAGAGAUUGCAAAAGGAGGCCGCAGGGGAGGGUUUUGCUGGGUGGGUGGAGAAAGCGGUGUAUCAUUCGGAGAACACAGAAGAUCCUGAAAGAGUGGUGGAAUUACAAUUCUUCAACAAAGAAAUGAUUGUUUUUGAUCUGGAUGAUUUAUUGAGGGCAUCCGCGGAAGUGAUUAGUGAAAAGGGAAAGCUUGGCACCACUUACAAAACAAUGCUAGAAUCAGGAUUUGUUGUUGCUGUAAAGAGACUCGAAGAUAUGAAUGGGUUGAGAAAGAAAGAGUUUAUCCAACAAAUGGAGUUGCUAGGAAACAUGAGACAUGAAAACCUUUCGCAGCUAAUCUCUUUCUACUACUCGAAGGAAGAAAAGCUGGUUAUACAUGAGUUUGUCCCUCAUGGGAACUUGUUUCAGCUUUUACAUGAGAAUAGAAGAGCUAGAAGAGUACCUUUAAGAUGGUAUGCAAGACUAUCCAUUAUCAAAGGCAUUGCAAAAGGUCUGGCUUUUCUUCACCAAUCAUUACCUUCUCAUCAUAGAGCACUCCUCCAUGCCAACCUCAAAUCUUCCAAUGUUCUCAUCCAAUGUACUGGUGAAAACUAUAUGUCAAAACUUACGGACUUUGGCUUCUUACCAUUUUUACAUUGUCGAAAAUCCUUAGAGAAGCUAGCGAUAGCCAAGUCGCCCGAAUUCUCUCAAGGGAAGAAGCUUACACAGAAGGCUGAUGUCUAUUGUUUUGGCAUUAUUGUAUUAGAGAUCAUAACUGGGAGAAUCCCAGGGCAAUUAUUGUCGGGGAACAAUGUACCAAUAUUUGAGGAUCUUUGUGAUUGGGUUAGAAUGGUAGUUAACAAUGAUUGGACAACAGAUGUACUAGAUGAGGAGAUACGAGCAACUAAUCAAGGACAUGAAGAGAUGUUAAAGUUGACAGAGAUGGCACUUCAGUGUACAGAUAUGACACCAGAGAAGCGACCAAAGAUGAGUGAAGUGGCUAGAAGGAUUGAAGAGAUUGGGCAAUAG